UUGAGGAACACAGCUCCAACUUCUGUCUGAAAAAGGUCAUUGACAAACGUACUAAUUUCUGGUAAUGGUGUAAUAGUGAAAACCAAAAGUGAAAAUUUCCGUAGAAACAGAAGUCUAAUUGGAUUUUUCUUUCGAUUGCUUGUUUCCAAGAAUCGUCCGAAGAUGAGUUUUCUUUUCGGAAGCCGUUCUUCUAAAACUUUCAAACCUAAGAAAAAUAUUCCUGAAGGCACUCAUCAAUACGAGUUGAUGAAACAUGCUGCUGCCACUUUGGGUUCUGGAAAUUUGCGAUUAGCUGUUAUGUUACCAGAAGGAGAAGAUCUAAAUGAAUGGGUGGCUGUGAACACUGUGGACUUCUUUAAUCAAAUAAACAUGUUAUAUGGUACUAUAACAGAGUUUUGUUCAGAAGAUAGUUGUCCAAUUAUGUCUGCUGGUCCUAAAUAUGAAUAUCAUUGGGCUGAUGGUCAUACUGUGAAAAAACCAAUUAAAUGUUCUGCUCCAAAAUAUAUUGAUUACUUGAUGACUUGGGUGCAAGAUCAGCUUGAUGAUGAGACUCUUUUUCCCUCUAAAAUUGGUGUCCCCUUUCCUAAGAAUUUUUUAGUUAUUGCUAAAACAAUUCUGAAGAGAUUGUUCAGAGUGUAUGCACAUAUAUAUCAUCAGCACUUCAGGGAAGUUGUUCAGCUGGGAGAAGAGGCCCAUUUGAAUACAUCCUUCAAGCAUUUCAUAUUCUUUGUUCAGGAAUUCAGCCUUAUAGACCGACGUGAGCUGGCUCCUCUUCAGGAACUGAUUGACAAGCUCACUGCUAAAGAAACUCGAUGAAUUGAAAAAGAAAAAGUCGAUAUAUUGCCUUGACUUCUCACCCAGCAUUUAUUAAGCAUAAAGCGAUACAUAAGCCUUAACCUAUCGACAAAAUAUGAAACUUGGUUAAUACGAGUGAGAUUCUUUGAUCUUUAUGAUGCACUUUGAAGACACAUGUAGAUUUCCUAGAGGACUGAAUAUUUUAAGACGAUUCUUAAUUGAAAAGCUUACUAUUUUAAUCGAGUAGUACAUAUCAGCUUUUGUAAACGAUAGGUAAUUAUAGCAUUUUGUUAAUGUGGAGGCGUUCUGUGCUUUUUUAUUAUUAACGCGAGUGAAUGAGUGAUAUUGAAAUCAGGGUUAGCUAUUGUUGAAAAGCGAAAUUCCUAAACAAAGUACAUGGAUUAUUAGGAAAAAUUAAGAAUAUGUUGCUGUUGGUCUUCCAAGUAAUAGUAAAUAAUAUUAUUUUUGUCACCAUAUAAACAGUUUGACUGUCAUGUAAAUCCAGCAAAUUCACAUUUGACAAUUGACAUUGACAUUUCUAGAGUUUUGAGAUUGUUGUGGGUUUGUAUAUGUUAUUAGUUCCAUCCAACAACCCGAAACGGAAAUCUGCAUGGUUCUAUACGAUUAAACAAUUAUUGUUGAUCUAUUUAUAUUGAAUUUUUUUAACUCCUAAUUUAUUUUUAUGUGUUCUCUAGGUCAAACUCUUCGAUAACCUUUUUGAAGUAUACAGGGUUCCUAAAUCAUUGUAUACAAUUGUUUGAACUUUUAUGUAUCACUUAAGUGUUUUUUUAGGAACAUAGGAUUCUCUAAGUUAAUAUCAUAAUCGAUGGAUUACGUGAGUUACGCUUGCUUUUUUUAUAUUAUUUAUGGAGAAAUGAAAAACAUAUUUUUACAUCUUGAUAUUCAUAUUGUAAUAUCUUUUUUUACGUGUAGGAAUAUUAUUUUGAUAACUAGUGAUCGUGCUGUUUGGAUCCAGUGAGGAUUAUUUUGAUAAGCACUGUGCAAUUUGUAAAUAGUAAUAUAUUUCAUAAUAUACAUUUGAAAUGAA